ACUGUGCCCCCUCUGCUUGGGAUUUGUUGCGCAGGUUCGGCACGAGCGCAGGCCCAGGAAUUCCAAAGGUCCUUCCCUGAGACACCGGCAUCACACUGCGCCUGCGCCCCUUUCUCUUCCGGCCCGGGAAGACUUCAACUCCCAGCGAUUCACUCGACUUUCCCGAUGCUUAGAGGAAGGAGGGGGAGGAGUCAUCGGAGGCCACGCCCAAUUCUGCUUUGCUGGACGCGUUCUGUGAAGAGGGAAGGAAGGUGGGCGCGUGCGGUGUGGCUCGAGGCUCUUUCCUAGGUUCCCAGGUCGCUCUCUCGGUCUUCCAGAGGUCAUUCUCGGUGGUGGUGGAGUCUUCCCGGCUCGGGUGUCCCUUUCUUUGCACCACAACGUCCCUCUUGCCAGCCCAGGUGUUGCAGUGCCCCUGCUCCUAAGUGACCAGCGGCUGGGUACCAUGUCUCAUCGUCCACCCCCCGACGUUGCCACUGAUGACUGUCUCCAAAGUUAUAGCUACCUCUUCAGCCCAGAUAUUCUUCGUGACAAAGUGGCCUUUAUCACUGGAGGAGGCUCGGGAAUUGGGUUCCGAAUUGCAGAAAUUUUCAUGCGGCAUGGCUGCCAGACUGUCAUUGCUAGCAGAAACCAGCAAAAGGUGUCCGAUGCGGCCAAGAAACUGAUUGCUGCUACUGGUCAGCAGUGCCUUGCCCUGUCUCUGGAUGUCCGGCAGCCUCAGACCGUUACUGCUGCAGUCGAUGAGGCUCUGAAGACGUUUGGCAAGAUUGACAUUCUCAUCAAUGGUGCAGCAGGUAAUUUUUUGUGUGCAGCCAGCAACAUGUCCUUCAAUGCAUACAAAACUGUAAUCGAUAUUGAUACAAUUGGCACCUUCAAUGUCUCCAAAGUCAUGUUUGAAAAGUACUUCGAGGACCAUGGUGGUGUGAUCAUUAACAUCACUGCUACCCUGGACUACCGAGGGCAGGCGCUCCAGGUGCAUGCAGGCACUGCCAAGGCAGCUGUGGAUGCAAUGACAAGGCACUUGGCUGUGGAGUGGGGUCACCACAACAUCCGAGUUAAUAGCCUGGCUCCAGGCCCCAUCAGUGGCACUGAAGGGAUGCGUCGACUUGGUGGCCAUCGGGUGGAGAGAAAUAUUUUGGGAAGCCCUCUCCAGAGACUGGGGAACAAGACUGAGAUUGCCCACAGUGCACUGUACUUGGCCAGCCCAUUAGCAUCCUAUGUGACAGGCACAGUCCUGGUGGUGGAUGGUGGGAACUGGCUGACUUCCGCCAACAAUCACAUGAUGUUGUUGGGGACUGAAACUUCCAAACUCUAGGUAGCUGCCCUGCUGAGAUAAAUGGAAGAGGACUCCUAACUCAGACCUACUUUUCGAUCCAGUGCUACAGCUUUCUCCCAGAAGUCUUUCCUGCCUUUUUCUCCCCUUGAUUCGCUCUGGCAUGCCAAGCUAUUUCAAGGCAAAGCUGUAGGGUGCUGAAUCUAACAAGCCCAUUUCUCAGUCUUUCCACUCAGGGUUUUCUGGCAGAAAAGCCUGCUGAAUCUACAAACAUCCACUCCUUUCUAGUGGCCCUAUGGCUGAUGCUACCAGGCAUGGGGGCCAAUUUGACGAACUGCUGAUAAGAGAAUCUUUUAUUAGAGGGUAGGAAUGGAUUGGGUUCAAACAAACAAAUAAAACCUUUGCAAGCAACCACAAGAUUUUGACCAUUCUAAGCACAUCUUUCGAUAGCUUAUCUUUUCAACAGACACUCGGAGGAAAUACAUUAAAUCUGUAUUUUGUAUGCCCUUAGAACAAAGGGCUCUUAUUGGAAAGAUGUCAGCCUCCUUUCCCAACCUUUAGUGCUGACUAACCCUGCUGGGACAUUGUUCAAAACUUUCUUAGUGAUAAGAGCCUCAUUUUAACCUGGGUCAUUGUUGCUCUCCCUCUAAGGAUAAAUAUGAUGAUUGUGAUGAAAUGGCUGCAAGGCCAAAAUGACCAGAACUUCAGGUUCUUGUACUCCCCUAUUCCAAAGACCUAGGGUCAGCUCUUGAAUUGGCUUCUAGACUUUAUCAUGGACAAAAGGAAGAAGAAAAUUGGUGCUGCUAACAGUCCAAAUCCCAAUCCCUCUUCUGUCCAAACUCUGGAGUAUUGUUUCAACUGUUCCCUUUGCUUAGUGCAGUCUUGAGCUUCUUCUUUGGAAGGGGAGAGUUCAAUAGGAAGGAAUGAAGUGUGACUGGAUCUACUUUGAUCUCCCAGACUCACGUUGAGCCUUUUCCCACCCUUCAGACACUGUCAGCUGAGAAUUGCUUAUGGCAGAGUGAGACUUAAUAAUACACAGUGGUGUUUUAUAAGGGCCUGAAGGAAGUGACAUCUCUUGUUGGGCAGAAUCCACCUCUUCCUUGGGCAUGCUAAUAGCAUAUUAGCAGAGGCAUCCCUCCUGGGUUGCAUAUAAAUUUUGCGAGGGGUUAUUCACGUGCUCUUGGUAACUGGGAGAUGCCAUCAGCAGAUAGGUUGCUCUGACUUAAAGCUAAUUAGGGCCAGGUGUGGGGAUGGGGUAGGGUUAGCUGGAAGAGUGAGUGAUUGCAUUAAUUCCCUGUGAUGCUGACUGCUUCAAACAUAAUAGGAGCAACCUCUUCAAAUGCAGUGAGCUUUUGAUUAUUCUGGGGACAGUUACCUAGACCUGUGCUUUCUUAUCCCUCCAGCUUCCCACUGCUUGCUAUGUUCUUGCAUAUUAACACCUCUACCAUGGUCUGGAUAAGAACUAGGGAAAUAGCCCCUUGAUUCUAUUACUUGCAAAGUUUAACAUUGAACGUAUUGACUACAAUGGCAUUUUGCAGCAACUUUGGAAGUUUUUUAUCAAUGCAAUCCUAUGUGAAGAACUCCCCCAAAAGGGACUGAAUUUAUACUAUUUGUUUAAAUGAGACUAUUCAUAUAGGGGGGUGGGGAUAGUUACUGGUCCCUUUUACCCUUUGAAUGGCAGCCUAAGACUGUUCUACCAUCCUAUUCUCAAAUCCUCUUUUUUUCCCCUUCCUGGUUCCUAUCCUCUAGUACUCACUAUCUCCAGGUCCACUGGGGACAGCCAGUGCUGGUAGCAGCAAGCAGGUAAUGGAUUUCAUCCACUGUGUAUCAUUGAUCUUUGCUACAUUAAUCCUGCAUUUUACCUAGAAAUUUGUUUUUCAAAUUUUUUUUUCCUUGGUGCCUUGCACCACAACUUUCAAGUAUAAGACAUUCUGUUAGUGGAAAGUACUUCUUCCUUUCUUCCUUAUGGUGCAAGGCUGAAUUAUGAAGCUUUCCUGAGGUCUGAUGUUUUGUUUAGGAAAGAUUCAAAAUGUUGGGUAAGGAACACAUAUAAAUGAUUUAAUAUGCUGUUUUUCUCUUUGUAUACUGGCAGAGAAUAAAAUUUUGUUCUUGAAAUUA